ACCUCUAAAAAUAGACUCUUCGUAAAAUCGCUUCGCACCGUGGGAUAUUUUCAGUCGCGCCUAUUUUAAGCCCGUUCUUGUUUCAUUUUCCCAAACUUUUUCUUCGGGAAAUUCAGUGAGUUCAAGUGACACUCGGUGCGGUUAUCUGUCAUAAAUCGAACAACCUGGAUUUAUCGCGAAUAUAAUUCGAUAAAUAAACGAGUCACGAAAUUAUGAACUGACUGACGGUUUAGAGUGUAUUACGUCGGUUUCAAGUCUUUCAUGCCGAGUUAAGAGGAUUUUUACAGUGCUCCAUGUUAAUUACACAUUAUAUUAUUGGUUUUAAGUAGAUUUCUCUUGUCAACAGAAGUAAACUCAUUUUAAUUUAUUUAAUUUGAUAUUUCUUGUGAACAUUUGUGUUUUGUGAACAGUUCUUUGAUAUAUUGCCAAAAGAGACAAGUUAUAAAUACAUGCUCGUUAAAAAAAGUGUAUACUUCAAACUCUGAAAUUCACGAAAUUUUUUUUGUACAAUUAACAAGUAAUUAUUUCAUUAAGAUGUUUACGUUAACUCCAAAUAAACGGCCUUGACCUAGUUUGCAUUGGCAAAAAUAUGGCUUUUUUUUCAAAUUAUAGUACAUAUAACUAACUUGACCAUAAGUUUCUAAAACCGUGAAAUGUUUUCCAUUGUUUUCUGUGUUACGUGGUCAAGCCUGCCCGACUUAAACUGAACUCCGAGCGUUUUAUUGUUAUCGAGUAGGCGUGAAACAGCUUAAUGUACCUCGUAAAUAAACUGAAGUGCGUUAUGUACUGUCCAAGGAAAUAAUUGUGUAUCUGGUGCGGUUUUUGGGAUGCAAAACAGACGAAACGUUUGCACCUCGUUGUCGAGUUCGCAGCCUGCACACUUCGUUCUAUUUUUAGAGGUUUAUUGUUUUAUGCUGCAGCUUUGACACUGAUCACAAAAUCUGGAUGUACAUAGUUUUUAUAGGCACAACACGCAUUUUCUUCCAAAAAUCAUCAAUGAAUGCUUCGAUGAAUUGACAUGAAUGAUAAUUACGAGGAGCAUUGUAACAUGCCAUCGAAAAUCAGCGGGAAUAUCUUGAAAUUAAUCGAGGAUUUGGAGGGUGUUUCUGAAUCAACAGAUCGUUCAUUCUUAGUUGCGAACUAUUCGAAACCGGGACAAUGCAACAUCAUCUACUGUUCGGACGGUUUUUGCCGUUUGGCGGGAUAUUCGCGAGCCGAAGUGAUGCAACGUUCGGCCUCCUGUUCUUUCUUAUGUGGACCGUUGACGUCACAACAAGCUGUUAACGGAUUGAGGGAGGCUCUACAGAAGGGAGUCGAGAAACAUGCGGAGGUGCUCUAUUACCGGAAAGACGGUUCAAAGUUCCUAUGCUCAGAAGUGAUCGCCCCAAUUCGAAGCGAGGUGGAUGACAUAUCGUUAAUCAUAAUUAACUUCGAGGAUCUGACCACGGCGCCUGCGCCCUCCCUCGAGCCCGGUCCUGUCAGGAAGAGUAGACUGAGUAAAUUCGACAGAGCCCGAGCGUCCUUUCGGCAGAGCCUGCGCCUCGGACGAGGUCGAGCCUUGAGGUUGGGCGGCUACCUCACACCUCCCAGUGACGUCACCGCGGCCGAGGAGGAAGAAGACACUUUGGAGCAAUGUCCGCUAACGUCAAACUCGCCCACUCCGAUUCUCUCGGAGCAAACGUGGGUGUCGAGGUCAGCGGGUGGAGCCCACCAUCAGCAGCAGCAGCAGCAGCACCACAUGAGCCCCUCUUCGGGGGUGCACCACCGCACCCCCGACUACACCGCCCUCACGAUAAGUCACAGCGCACCUGCGAGUCAUCAGGCGAGUUUCGAAAGGGGCGAGAGUCAAGAGAGAGGAGGUUUUUGCGGAGUGAACGGGAGGAAUAACGGUAACGGUAACGGUAACGGUGGUGGAACCAAUAAUAAUAAUAGGCAUUUACAUUACGCUAAUCAAAACGCGGUCACCGGUCCUUAUAAGGUGACACAUGCCACUAGUUUAGAUGCUAUAGCGAGAAGACAAUGUUUUAGGACGGGAUAUCCCGCCCAAACUUUAUCUAGUAAGCCCAUACUUAAUAAGCAAUUCCCAAACGUUUCGUCCGAAAGUGAUCUUCAAAGAUAUCGGACGGCUCAGCAAUCAAAUGACCGGAAGAGUCCAAGCCUUUCGAAUCCAACCGAUUCGUUAAAGCAAAAGGUUUGUCCUCAAUUUUCCCUUCAAGAUAACGGAUCAGCCAAGUAUUUCCAGAGUGGGAUCCAUACGCCAAAGAUGGGAGAAAAAGUUGCACAGAGCCCUUUUUCGCGAAUUUUGGAAAACAAUGCUGCCUCUAUGGUGUUGUCGUUGGGCGCCGACGUUCUUCCAGAAUAUAAAUUACAAAACCCGACGAUCCACAAUUACACCAUAUUGCAUUAUUCGCCCUUUAAAGCGGUUUGGGACUGGAUUAUUUUGAUCUUGGUAAUGUACACCGCGAUUUUCACACCAUACGUCGCGGCAUUUCUACUGGGCGAACCCGAUUUUAACAACAGGAAAAAUAAGAAAUACGGCGAGGAUCCCAUUGUCAUUAUCGAUCUUAUUGUUGAUGUAACUUUCAUCAUAGACAUCCUUAUCAAUUUCCGGACUACAUACGUCUCCGGAACGGACGAAAUAAUUUCAGAUCCGGGUAAAAUCGCGGUUCAUUAUUUAAAAGGGUGGUUUCUGAUCGACCUGGUGGCCGCGGUGCCCUUCGAUCUUCUCUUUUUUGGUACCGACACUGACGAGCGUUCUACGAACGAUCAAAACAAGCAGACAACGACACUGAUUGGCCUUCUGAAAACAGCGAGACUUCUUCGUUUGGUCAGAGUAGCUCGAAAAAUCGACAGAUACUCGGAAUAUGGGGCGGCCGUACUCCUGCUGCUUAUGGCCACUUUUGCUUUGAUCGCCCAUUGGUUGGCUUGUAUAUGGUAUGCGAUCGGUAACGCGGAAAGACCAAACCUUCACUCAAAAAUCAGUUGGUUGGACAUUUUGGCGACCGAUACUCAACAACCAUAUUUGGCCAACGGAACUGGCGGACCGAGUAUAAAGAGUCGAUACAUCACGGCACUGUACUUCACCUUUACUUCCUUGACCAGCGUUGGAUUCGGAAAUGUCGCACCAAACACCGAUGCCGAGAAAAUUUUUACCAUAUGUGUGAUGCUUGUGGGAUCCUUGAUGUACGCAAGUAUAUUCGGCAACGUUUCCGCGAUAAUUCAACGAUUGUACUCGGGUACUGCCCGGUACCACACCCAAAUGCUUCGCGUCAGGGAGUUCAUACGGUUCCAUCAGAUCCCGAACCCGCUCAGACAAAGACUGGAGGAGUAUUUUCAACAUGCCUGGACGUAUACGAACGGGAUCGACAUGAACUCCGUAUUGAAGGGAUUCCCGGAAUGUUUACAGGCUGACAUUUGUCUCCACUUAAACAGGAAUUUAUUGCAGAACUGCGAGGUUUUUCAAGCGGCUAGUCCGGGCUGUUUAAGAGCGUUGUCUCUAAAAUUCAAGACAACUCACGCUCCCCCCGGUGACACACUGGUGCAUAGAGGCGACGUACUAACUUCACUUUACUUUAUUUCGAGAGGCUCAAUUGAAAUACUGCGGGAUGAUAUUGUGAUGGCUAUUUUAGGGAAAUUCGAUAUUUUCGGGGAAAAUCCUUGUUUAAAUCCUACCAUAGGGAAAAGUGCCUGUAACGUGAGAGCACUGACGUACUGUGAUCUGCACAAAAUCCAUAGAGAUGACCUUUUGGACGUGCUCGAAUUAUAUCCUGAGUUUUUUAAUCAUUUUAUGAACAAUUUAGAGAUUACGUUUAAUUUAAGAGACGAAGAUCAAGCCGGAGUACCACCAAGAAGGUCCUUCUAUCCAAAAGACAAAGAAAGUAGAUUCUUUAGGGGCGUGCCUUCGGCCAGAUCAAACGGUCUCAGUUCCAGGGGCAAUUCUUUAAAUGGCCGACAGGAGAGUCAAUACAGCGAUGAGUCUGAGUCGGGGCAUGGAAUCUUGGAGUUCACUACUGACAAAGCGGGCCAAGAUGUAACACCGCUAAACCUGGAUUUUGGCGAGGAAAAACGACGAUCGUCCACGUUAAAUUCCAUUACAGGCAUGUUAUCACAACUGAAACGCAGCAUUCCAGAUCUCAGGUUACAUAAAACCCAUCAACCUUUAGUAGCGCAAGCUACUCCACCCUCCUCGCACCGCGUUCGUACCAUCCGUCGCCAGUCGUCGAUGGACGGACAUCACGUGACAGCCGUUCCUCCACCGAUUCAGGGUUCUUCUAGUCACGCCCACCACACCACCACUAUUGCGCCCCUGUCAAGUAGUACCAGCUACUACACGAAUAGUCCAAGUCCUCCUGUGCCACACGGCGAACAGCCCCACGGUGAUGAGGUGCUGGUUCCAGUGGACGCGGGUGGAGGUCAGCCCCCUCCCCCUCCCCUUCCAAAAUAUUUUGAAAAAGACGGGGAUAAAAUCGAGAUGAGCCGCCCGUACAUAGACGCUUUAUAUACCCAAUUAGAAACUUUGACCAGAAAAGUUGACACUCUCGAGAGUACGUUAGGUAACGACGUAAAAACAAUAUUGGCGCUGUUGCAAGAGCGUCAAGGCCACCAUCAAGUGGUGCAACAGUGUACGGCGACUUCGCCCGCGCCCAGCUGGAUAGUGGGAGAAGUGGCCUUAAUAAAGACAGAGUCUGAGAUACCAGAAGAACCGAUGGCUCUGGAACCUGCUUCGAUAAGUAGAAGUAGAACCACUUUCCAAAGGUCCGUUAGUGAACCGAAACCCAUAAGUAGAACGCACCAUUCCCAAGUAUUACACAGGUUUGCCUCGUUUAACAAAACCUUCGAUUUCGAGAAAUACCAAGACCCGUCUUGGAUGGAAUGCCUUAUAUCGCACGAAAAGGAUCAGCAAGAUGAGAAAUAUGCGCCCAUAGCGAAACUAGAGUCUUUAGAUGAAUUAGAUUUGGAAUCACCUACCGAUAGUCCAACCAAAAAGGCAAAAAAAUAGCGGCCGUAGACCCGAAUAGGAAUUUAGAAAAUGUGUGAUUUUGUAUAAAGAAGGGUAAUUUUUUUUUUGAUAAUUAUUUGCCAAAAUUCACCUGAGAAACGAAAAGUAUUAUUACGUUUUGCUAAAAGGCCUUUUUUCGUUCGAUAUUAGAGCCAUAUUAUAAAAAUGUUAUUGUUAACGUUCGCUGGACGUACACUUGCUCGUGAUAGAUUUAUAAGUAACGAUGCUCUAAAUAUCGAAGCAAUAAAUAGGCCUCACCAUACAAGAUAUGAAGAAACAUCGUUUAGUUGUUGUUGACUCAUUUGAAAAUGAAUCAAAAUUUAAUGCCCUUGUUUUGAUAAAUUGUGACAAAAUAAUUGAGAACAACUAAAUAAAGUUUUAAGUUGUUGAAUAAAUUAUAUGGAGCGUUUGCUGAGAGCAAAAGGUACAAAUUGAGCGAAAUAGCUAUAAAGCAUCUUAUUUUAUAGACAUAAGACAUUAUUAUCACCAUUAACCACCACUACCAUCUUUGAUUUGUAACUGAUGAACAAAAGAUAGAUGUCACAUUGAGCUCCGCGUGCCCACCGGUGGGCAUUUCGAGUUUGCUUUCUGGUACCACAUGCCGACCGGUGGGCACAUCGCAUCACUUAUACAGGGACCGCGUGCUCACCCGUGAGCAUGGAUUACAUUGAUUCUGCCUAUACCAAACGACGGUCUGGUCUCAGGAUGAGCCAAAAAGUAUAUUGGGUUAGGCAGUUUGGAUAGUUUAGGUAUUUAGUUUAUAAGAAUAGAAAAAAACAACAUUUGAGUUAAUAUACGAUGUUAUAUUAACUUAAAACAGAAAAAAUACUCUUAAAACUUAAAAAUAAAUUGUCAUAAAAAAACAGUCGUUUUCUUAUGUAACCAAAACUUAAAAUACCAUAAAAAUGACUAACCUAAAUAUAUUAAAACGACCUAACAUUUGACGAAAUACACACGGCCACAAAGAAACUGCUGACACUAAAGUUUUAAGCCAAAUGUUUUUGGAAGCAAGUAAUACAAAGGGGAAUAUUACACGGUACACAAAUUGUAUUGACCUUUUUCGCAUUUUUUCGGGCGUACGCAGCAUUGUAAGCCAUUGACAUGGUGCUGUAGCAUUUAGUCUUUCAAGUAACUCGUUUUUGGCCUUCCACUUGAGACCUGAAACUACCUCUUCUUUGAAAGUGGUGAUGCUGAUUUUUUUCUUGUUUAUUUUAUUGUAAAGAUGUAACGCGUUUACUAUUGUUGUAGCAGUAAUGAGAUGAAACACUGGACGUUUGUACCAUUUUGAAGUUCGCCUUAGAAAAGGCGCGUAUGCUGACAUUUGAUCCGACAAGUCGAUAAAGGCCUUGCCCUGAUUAUAGUCAACAAUUACUUUCGGUUUAAUAACUUCCUUUCCUUUCUUUGCUAAAGUAACAGUAGAAUCAUCGUGUUUGGUGCUUAGCAUGAUGACGUCUCUCUUAUUCUUCCACUUCAGGACUACAGUUUUGUCAUUAUCUUGCCGAGCUACAAUUCCACCUCGAUUCAACUUUUCCUUUAUUACUUCCUGAGGAUAACCUUUGCGGUUUGCUCUAAUUGUACCAACUAAAUGCGUUUUUCGGUCGAUCAGUCUUUUGGCUAAUGAUACGCUCGUGUACCAGUUGUCAGUGUAAAGUGUGCGGCCACUGUCCAAAAGACCUUCCAUCAAUUCCAUGACUACCUUUUUAGAAACUGCAAAUUCACUUGAUUUUUCUCUGCUGGUAUAUACUUUGAAACUCCAGGUGUAUCCUCCAGAUACACACAACUUGAAAAGCUUUAUACCGUAGCGGUGUCGCUUAUUGGGUAUAUAUUGUCUGAAAUAAAUGCGUCCUCGAAACGGGACGUUACUUUCGUCGAUACAAAUGUCUUUUUCGGGCCUGUACGAGGACUUAAAUUUCUUUAGCAGCAUGUCAAGAAAUUCGGAUGUUUUGUAAAGUCGGUCAUCAGAGGGUCUGUCCUUCUCAUUAUCACUUACAUGGAACAUGCCCAAAAUAUCUAAAUCUGUUUCUACUCAUAAUUGUGGGUAUGCGAUUUUGGUACAACGAUUUGGUUGACCAAUAAUCCCGUAACUGAGGCAUUGGAAGAAGACCCAUCCAUAAUCUAAUGCCAGAAAAUUUUCGCAUUUCCACGGGAUUGGUAUCCACUGAUUUCGGCACCUUGGCCUUCCGGUUUGGAUCUGCUAUUGCUGCAGGAAUUUGCUGUGAAGCAAACCUAUUAGUUUCAGUCACAAAUAGAUUAAUCAUCUCAUCAUCGAUAAAAUAGUUAAAGAAUUCAGUUGGUUCUUUCUCUGUAAAGUCUGCACUAACAGCUGGAACAACACCAACAUUCUGAGGGCUUUCACUGAAAGACAGUCGGUCUCCUUGAACGUGAUUCCAUUUUUGCUUAGUAGUUAAAGUCGCUAGAGGUACGUUAUCGUCUAGAUCUUCGUCUUCGGAUAAUAAUAUGACAGAAUUAUCUAAAUUAUUACCGGAUGAUAGAUCAGUUUCAACAGGAAUAAAAUCUUUAUCUACGAGCGAAUCAUCUGAAAAUCCGGUAAUUUCGUCUUCUAUUAUAUCUCUUGACUCGUCGUCGGAUUCUUCAGAUUCUUCAGCUCCUUCGCCAACUCCUGAUCCGAUAGAUAUUUUUUAGCCAUAUUUGCUUAACUCUGACACAAAAAAACACAUUAAAGCUAGUGUCCACGGGUGGGCAUUCGGCCCCAAAAUGCAAAAUAGCCUUCUGGGACCACGUGCCUACCCGUGGGUCACCGCAAAAAAAUUACAAAAACAUCCAAAAGUCGACAGAGUAUUGAUCCACAAACAACAUAAACUGCAAAAAAAUAACUAUUAACAAAAAAUAUCCAGAAUGAAAAUUUGGUCCCUGGAAGUAAAAUCCAAAUGCCCACCGGUGGGCACGCGGGGCUUAACGUGUUAAGAAGGAAAUAUGAAAUAUUUAAAUGGGUGUCGAAUUCAAUGCCAGAAUGUCAAGUGCCUAGUUUCUAAUUAUUCCUGAUCAUCUAAUUUAAUAUUGAGAUGUUCUGCCACAUCUAAUUGAUCCAUUUGGAAAGUCAAUUCUGUAAGUGCUGAAAUCAAUCUUGAAUCUUGAAUGAUAAUGAAUAAGUAUUUGUUAACCUUACCUUAAAUUUAAUUAAAGUAUUUAUAAAAUACAUAAUUCCAACCGUGUUUACAAGGGUGCCGAAUCCAAUCUUCUUGAUCAGACUACCUAAUAAAUAGAGAUUAUAGGCAUUGCAUCCUAAUAAUAAAUUUUCCCUUUUUUUGGGAUUUUUAGCACAAGCGAUAUUGGUAUUACUACUAGAGAAGGUGAAAUAUAAAGUUGUUUUAAAGGUCCUAUGUAUAAAGUAACAAAAGCUUUUUUUCAAUAGUUCAGUAAAUGUAAUAAUCCACUUGUAAAUAGCCUUACUAGAUUAAAUUCAUAUGCAUGCCUAUGUAAACCUUAGGGAAGACAUAAAAUCAUAUGAGCGCAAGAGAGAUAAAAUAUACAGAUUUGAUUUUCAUUUAUUUUAGUCCGGGGACAACGUGUAGAUUUUUACGCUAAUAGAAGCGUAAUUAUUUUUUGAAGUUAUUUAAUUUUCUUAUUUAAUAUUAAUUUGGAAAGUUAAUACGGCACCCCUUUUUCGGAUAUCCAUUGGUGUAUUAUUAUUAUACCAAAAAGAGGAAAAAUUUGUUUCAUAAUUAGUUUUGUGAUAAAUUUUGGCGCCCAACGUAUGGUAGUUCUAAUGCAUAUUAAGCUCCUUUAUUGCGGUAUAUGUAUAAUGGUUUGUUAACCGUUUUUUAAAGUUUUUAUAAUGGCUUCUGAUAGUGUACAAAACAAAAAUCUAAUUUUUAUUUUUUUUAAAUUUAUCAAUGACGGCGAUAAUUAGAUUUUUCAAUUUUUUGUUUUAAAUAUUGGCGCCCAACAGGUGGUAAUUUUAAUUAACAUUAUUUCAAUUAUAGUAUUUUAAGUAUUACUAAUUACAAUUUAGUACAUACGCCCUUUUUAUAUUAAAUUAAUUAAAGUUUCAUAUGUGCUUGUACCUUUUUUUACCAAAUUUGAAGAUCAACAUUUUUCUAUUCAAAUUUUUUUUGAUCCGACAAAUACUUUUAAGGCUAUUUGCCUUUAAACAAUUAAAUUGUUUAUAACUGUUAUCAAAUUCGUUGGUUUAGUGAUGUGAGUUAUAGAUUUGAAAGACGAAAAGGCUUUUUAAAGAAAAAUAUUUUAAGAACGUUACAGCGUUGUGACUUUCUUCUUUUUCUCUUAAGAAAUGAUCUUACCUUUACAGGAGUGGUGAGGUGGUUGUUAUAUGACGAUUUCUAAGCAGGAUUUCGUUAUAGAUUCGUCUGGAUGUAGGCUUCUCUUAAAUAUUCUUGGCAUCAGGAAUUUCUGCACCAUAAAGUAGCUAAUUAUUGCUACUAGCAAAAUAUAAAGUAAUACAGUAUAAAUGCUGGUUUUGUGGUAGUAUACAGGUUGAUUCAGGGCCCGGUCAAGUCUUUGAUGCUGAAUCUCGAUGGAUUUAUGAAGAUGUUUGGCUUCAUUUAGGUCCAGUGAGCUUAAUUCCAAAUUAUUGAAGAGAACUGGUGUAGCUUCUUUGCUAGACGGUGAUAGGUUGAUUUGAGGUAGGUCGAUGUUUUUGUAAUGGGUUUUUGGAUCCUUGUAAUUUUUGAUGACAAUGUUUCCGACACGAAGUUCACAAGUAAAAUCCAGUUCUACGAUGUAGGUGCCAUUUAAUGGGAUAUUGUAUAUAUAUCUUUAUUCUUUUAUGUCGAGGUACGAUUAGCAUCCAUUUUCCUUCUUCCACUUUUUCUGCUUUGUUAGUGGUAAUUUUGAUUUUCGCCUGCUGGCAUUGGGAUAUUGAUUCUCUGAAUUUUAGCAUCUGUACUUCGCAAGAUGCAUCUUCGUCUAUAGGCAAGGGGUUAAAGUCUUGGCAAACGUAAUCGUUGGUGGUGAUCUUACUGCAUGGUUGGUUGGAUUUUGCAUACUUCAGCUCAUUAAGGAUUAGGUAUUUGGUUUGCGGAAAUAUUACAUCGUGGAAGGUUUUUGAAGGUGUAGGUAGAGGAUAAAGGUGGUACAGUAGAUAACUGUUCUUCUCUACGAUCGGCAUUUCGAUGAUAAAUAUGACUUUAUUUCCCUUUGUGUAACUUUUUAUAUUAAGGACUUUCUCAAAAAGAAAUACAUUUUUAAAAGUUGGAUCAAAUGGGAGUUUACCGGAUGUUAAACUCGUAGAAAUUAAUUGAAUUUCCUUAAAUAAGUCUUUUGGACUAAUGAUCGAUGGAUGAAAGGUAUUUAAUUUUGAAAAAGUUAUUGCUAUUUGAAGAUCUUCUAAGACAUCAUACAUUUCUUGUAAGAAUGUGGUAGCAUGAGAUAGCAUUGUUUGCAAAAGAAAGAAAUGCUUAUCUUCAAAACUGAUUUUGUUAAGUCUUUGGACCUCUUUUUGAAUUUCUUUUAUUUGUGAUUCCAAAAUAUUUUGUUGAGUUUUUGAAAAAGUUUAUUAGAAUUAUCUUUUAUGGUAAUUUGUUCUAGCAUUAAAAGUUUUAUAUUAUUUUCGUUUUGCAUAAUUGAAGUUAUUGCUGAAUCAUAGCGCUGAGCAUCCUCAUUAUCUAAAUUGCCGGUGACAAUACUUUUGACAAUACUGCCUAAUCCAUUUAUAAGGCCCCUUUUUUCGCGAGUUUUAAGAGAGAAUGGAUUUAUUUGAAGUAUUUGAUUUUUUAUUUUUUCUUUUAAGGUUGAAGCUAAAUUGUAUGAGUUAAAAUAUUCUUUUUUAUAUAAAGAACGGUUUUCUAUAUUUUUUCCUAGGUCGUAUAUAGUUUUUUGCAUUAUGAGGUAUUGACUGAUAAUAGGGUUGAUGUAAAUUUGAAUGAAAGUCCAGUAAUCAAUUAUGUUUUGCGAGUUUCCUAAUUUCAUUGGUAAAAGUCCGGGGUUCUUGGAUACGUCAUGAAAUGUUACGUCAGGUCUUGCAUGUUUGAUGUUGAGAGACCUGCAACAACAGGGGUUUUUAAUUCUUUUAUAUGGACUACCUCUUCUUUAUUGUUCUUUUUGUUUUUUAUUUUCGAGUAGUUCAAUUAGUUCAUAAGGGCCUAAGAAUCGUUUAAUUUUUUUAUUUCUGUUGGCGUUAUUUUUAUAUACAAUUUGUCCUAUUUUAAAUUGAUAUUGAUUUGGACCUAGAACGUUUCUUUUAUCGAUAAUUUUUUGUUUUUGGGAUUCUAAUUUUUCUUUUAUUUCAUCAUAAAGGUAUUUAUAAGUUCACACGGGUCUCUUGUCUUUGUGUGACCAAAUGUUCGCUCGAAGGGUGUAAACUGCGUCGAGGAAUGAAUCGAACAAUUGUAUGCUAUUAUGGCAUAUUUCAUUAAGGUUUUAACGUCUUCGUCCUUAAAACGGUCUCCUAAAAUUCGAAGGUGUUCGAUAAGUGUAGAGUGGAGUCUUUCGAUUGGUGAGUUCGAUUCAUGGUGAAAAGGUGUUGUGAAAUGUAUGUUUAUUUUAUGAGUCUUUAAGACUUCUUGAACGGUGGUAUUUUUAAAUUCAGGACCAUUGUCCAUAAUUAUUCUCUCAGGAAGACCAUAAAAUGAAAAAUAAUGGAUGAGAGCUGAACAUAUUUCGACUGAAGUUUUGCCUUGAAUAGGAGUGGCUUGACCUAGUUUUGAAAAGGUGUCGACGAGUGUAAGAAAGUUUUGGUUGUCAAAUUUGAAAAUAUCUAUAUGAAGCAGCUGGAAUAGUUUCAGUAGUUUCUAUUAAUACAAGAGGAACAUACGGUGGUAUACGGGAAUAUUUAGAUGUUUGACAUAUGCUAUAAUCAUUUAUAUACUUUAUUAUGUCGGAUUUCAUGGAUGGCCAAUAAUAAUUCCUUUUAAGUUUUUCUAAAGUGUCGGCUAUUCCGCGGUGAUUACAUUUACCUUCAUGCUGGUAUUUCAUAAUAAGGAUUCGCUCAUCAGGUUUGUUUAUAGAGUUUAUUAGUUUUGUACAUUUAAAUAGUUUUGGUCCAGAUUGAUGGCAGUGGUGCAUAUAAACAUCAUUAAAUUCGAUGCACAUGGAAUCAUCAUGAAAAUAUAAGUAAAAAGUUUUCUUAUAGGUGGUAUAUGUUUUUAGGAAUUCUAAUAUAAGUUUGGGAUUAGAUUUUGGAAUUUUGACAUGCCAUAUAUUGUGUUUCUCGAAUGUUUCCCAGUUGACAGUCAAUUUAUUGUGUGGAUUUUUGGAGAUAAUUAUUUGAUAUGAUUUAUUGUUAAUAAUAUCAUCCAGUAUUAUGGGGAUUCCAUCAUUUAAUGUGUUAUGUUGCUGCUAGAAUGCGGAGUAUUUAUAGAAGAUUCUGGAGUCUCUUGGGAAUGAAACUCUGGUGGUGGUAAAUUGACAUUAUCUGGUUGAAGGUUUAAGUUUGACAAAUCAUUAAGAGUUUGUGUUUCGUACUGAUGGAGUGGGUCGUUAAAAUUUUGGAAAUUAUAUUGGGGUGGUUGAAUAUUAGGGUUUGUAUUUCUUGGAGGAACCAACUGAAUAUUUUGCAAUAUUUUAAUUUUUGGUUCUGGACAGGGAGGUUUUAAUUCUUUUAAAACUGAUGUUAUAUCUGCUGGGUUUAGUUUAUUGGGGUCAUAGGACUUUAGGAAUUGGUCAAUAUCUAGAUCUAUAUCACCUGAAUUACUUACGAUACUUUCGUUUUCAAUUGCAUUAAUACAAAUUCGUGAGAGUGCGUCUGCGUUGGUAUUUUGGUUACCCUUUUUGUAAAUAAUUUCAAAAUCGUAUUCCCUUAAUUCACAUCUCCAUCUUACGAGUUUGCUAUUUGGUUCUCGCAUAUUAAAAAGCCAUACUAAAGGUCGAUGGUCUAUGUAAAUUUUGAACUUGCGACUGAAAAGAUAAGGUCGAAAAUGUUUGCAUGCCCAAACUAUAGCAAGUAACUCUUUCUCUAUCGUGGAGUAUUUUAUUUCGGUGUCAUUAAGGGUUCUUGAGGCGUAGGCGAUGGGUUUGUCAUUGGGAAUGUUUCCUUGGGAAAGGACUGCUCCAACUGCAUAGUUGCUAGCGUCAGUUGUCAAAACAAAUGGUUUGCUGAAGUCUGGAUAUUGAAGUAUGGGGGAAUUGGUGAGAAGUUGUUUGCAGUGGUUAAAUGAUUUAAUGAACUCGGGGGUGUGAAUUAUUUUAUGAUCUUUUUUAAGGCAAAUCGUCAUAGGCUUUGUUAUUUUGGCAAAAUCUUUUAUAAAUCGACGAUAAUAACCAAGUAAACCUAAAAACGACUUCAGAGCUUUGGGAGAGUUUGGAAUUGGUAAAUUUUUAAUUGCUGAAAUUUUGUCUGGAUUAGGUUUAACACCUUCAGUAGUAACAACAUGACCCAAAUAUUGGACUUCCUUUUUUAAAAAUUCUGAUUUGUCCAACUGCAUUUUGAAAUUGGAUUCACGUUUUUUCACGUUUCACGGAAGUUUGUCAAAAAUUUGUCUUAAACGGGAAAUGUGUUCUUCCAAAGAACUGCUAAAAAUGACAAUGUCGUCCAAAUUUCCAAGACAGAUUUCAUUUUGAAGACCUCUCAAGAUGUUAUCCAUGACUCUCUGGAAUGUCGAUGGGGCAUUCUUAAGUCCGAAAGGCAUUCGUUUGAACUCGUAAUGUCCAUUUUCAGUGGAGAAGGCGGUUGUUGGGAUAUCAUGGGGAUCCAUCUCGAUUUAAUGAAAACCAUUGGCCAAAUCAAGUGUUGAAAAAUAUUGGCUUCUGCCAAGCUUAUCCAGAAUGUCUGUAAUUUGGGGAAGAGGGUAUUUGUCAUCAAUCGUUCGUUCGUUGAGCUUACGAUAAUCGAUUACAAGUCGCCACUUGCGUUUUCCGGAAGAAUCGAGUUUUUUUGGAAUGAUCCAGAUGGGGCUGGACCAAGGGGAAUAUGAAUUUUGGAUGAUGCCUUGUUCUAACAUUUUUGAAAUUUGUUGUUUUAUUUUCUGUCUAUGGACUUCUGGGUAGCGAUAACUUUUUGUAUAAAUCGGUGUGUGAUUGUCUAAUUUUAUUUGAUGUCUAAUUUGGUUAGUAAAAGUAAGGGAAAUUUUUUCGCAAUAAAUUAUAUCUUUAUAUUCUAGACACAAGUCUCGAAUAAUUUGUUUUUCUUCUAUGUUACAAUGGUCUAAGCGAAUAUUUUUUAAAUUUUCUUUAAGCAAAUUAUUUUGCUUUAAGGAAAGAGGUUCAUCAACUUCCAUUUUUUCAACAAAAUUUAUAUUAUGAAUGUCAAGAAGUUCAAUAUCUAGAGGUUUUGUCAAAUGUAGGGUUACAAGAUAUCCCUCCUGAGGAUUUGUGACUGAAGUAAUAGCAAAAUAGUUUGAGAUAUUAACCAAAGAACCUGGUAUUUCUAAAUUACGAGUAUGUUCAAAUUUAUGAUAAUCUAAAAAUCCGGUACCAAGUUCAACGGUUACUGGUACUUUAAACUAUUUGUUGGGAUCUAGGAGAUACUGUCACUAAAAAAUUGUAACUUUGAAAAUUUUCAUUCGGGAUUUGAUCGUCACGUUUUUCAUAAAUUAUUGGUAUUUCUGCAUUAGAAGUUGUUAUUUUCCGAGCAUUAAUGUUUAUACUAGCAUUUAAUUGGUGCAAUUAAUCUGCGCCAAUUAAACCAUCGUAUUUUUGAGAAAAAUCGAAAAGAUAAAAUUUGUGAUAGGCAUUGGUAUUAAAUAAACUAAAAUUAGGAAUAUUUGCGACUUCAUCGUGAUAUGUCAUUGCGUGGGCGGUCUGAAUAUUAAAUACCUCUUUAUUAAUAAAAUUUGUAUGCAAGGGAAGGUUUCAUUACACUUCUAGAGCUGCCGGUAUCAAUUAAAAAAUGUGCUGUGAUUUCGGGAAUAAACACGUACGGUAAAUCUGAUCGUAUGUUGUAAUUAUGCAUAUUAAUUACGUUGGAUAUUGUGUUGUCUGAAAAUUUCAUCUGGUUUUAUAUUUUCACUUGAAGCGCAAGGAUCGGAUGUCUGAGUGUUAUUGUAGUGAUAAAGAUCUUGCACAUCUGCAUAAUAUGCAUUUUCAUUGGGAUAUGGGUCAGAUUCGUUUUGCUCUAAGAAAUCGUAAUAAUAAUCAUCUUGGGAAUUAUUGUCGUUGAUUUGUUGUGCAUGAAAUUCUUGGUAAUUUAAUUUAUGGGGUGUUGGAAGAUGAAUUAUGGCUGUGCCUGAACUAGUGUCCAUUGGCGUCGGCCUAUUUAAAUUGCUUCGAGCUUGAUGAACGAUGAUGAAUUGAUGAACUUUGAUUAAAAUUCGAUCUGUUAUUGGUAUUUAUUGGAAAAUUUGAAUUUGGGUUUUGGAAAAAUGGUUUUUGUUAAAAAUUAUUUGACGGUUAUGGUUGAGGGGGCCUUGGGACAAAAGAUGCUUUAUUUAUUGGAGGCUGUUGAGGGUUUAAUGCAAACACAUUAUUUAAGGGUGGUGUUGGGCGGAAAAUAUUAAUUUCUGGGGAUGAUUGGGCAUUAAAUGUUGGUUGUAAGAAAGGUAUUGGGAAUUGCUUAUUAUUAUGGGGAAAUGUUUGUUGAUUAUUAUUUGUAGCUCUAACAUGUUGAUGUGGAUGUGUUUUAGUCUGUGGUAGGUUUACAGUUGUGUUUUGAUGUUGAUUUCGGCUGAGAUUUAUAAAGUUUUUUUCUUCGGCGGCAAAUGAUAGUGCCUGUUCUAAAUUAAUUGGAUUUUUAAGCCUAACUACUAACUGCAUGUGAUAUUUGAGCCCUGCUAAGAAGGUUUUUAAAGCAAAAUCAUCGUAAUGGGCGAUUUUAAUUCGUUUUUCAUUUUCAUCUGGCAUCUUGUAUUCUCAUGCCGAAAUUUAAUGGUGGUUCAUUUUUAUAAGGCCUAAUAGAAAUUAAGUCUUGUAUUAGGCAGUCAAUACCCUUUUGAUCUGCGAAUGUUAAAUUUCAGGUUUCUUUUAUUAAGGCCCAAGUAUUUAAUUCUGAUCUAGAGCCAAUUAAAUCAGCUGCUCUACCCCUUAAUUUGCCUAAAAUCGAGUCUAUUAAAAUUGAAUUAAUAGGGUCUUCACGAGUUUGACUAUUUUGAAAAUUUCAUAGAAGAUUUUCACACGAUAAAAUAAAUAUUUGCAAUAAUUUUGGAUUCCCAUCGAAAUGUAGGAUGUUAUCCGUUUGGUAUUUUAAAAGUGGCAUAUCAGUAGGCAUGGUUCUGGAUACAACUGAUACAGAUUCUACUUCGAGUUCUUCCUCCGGUAAGGCAGGUAAAGUAUUAUCAAUAUCAGCGGUAUUAUCAGAAACAAUAGACAAACAAUUAUAAUAAACAAUUCACAGUCAAUAAUUUUAGAUUUAUUUUCAGACAUAAAAUUAAUAAGAAAUUACGCAAAAUUACGUAACUUGACUAAAAAAGAAAAAAUAAAAACUUGAAUAAAAUUGUAACUCUAAAUCUAACCUAAAUAAAAUUGCCAAUCGUAAAAACAACAGUAUAUGUUAUCGUUUGCAAUUGUGCAAAAGCGAAAAAAUCAAAAUAAAAAACAAAGGAAAAAAAAAGGACAAUGAGCACUUACAAUACCAAAAAUCCAGCGAUAAAAAGCUGCAUUCUCUUAGACUGCGUUGCCUAGAUAGGAACCCAUGCUUGUGUUCCCAAGCCUAAUCUAGGGUUGAUCGAAGUUAGACCGUUGCUGAACGCUCUUCUCCCAAUAGAUUUGGUCGAAGUUUGACUUCCUUCUGGGUGCUGCCUCUUCGUAAAUUCACAAGGUUCGCGAUUGCCGAUAAACCGUAAAAACGGACCAAUUCCGCGAUUUUUGUCGGAUAUUGUUCGACUUAGAACUCCGUCGACUGCACCAGUUAUAGAUUUGAAAGACGAAAAGGCUUUUUUUAAAAAUUUAUUUUAAGAAUGUUACAGCAUUGUGGCUUAACUCUACUAAUGCUUAAAUCUAUCUAAUUAAAACGAUUCAAAUUACUUCUUAGCUAAAGUGAAAAUGAUAACAAUGCAAAAGAUCAUAUUCUAUAAACUAAGGAAUAAAAUAUACUAUAGUAAGGGGUUAUAUGUUCCAUAACUUGUUUGCUGUUUUUUGUACCUUUUACUCUCAUCGAAUGUACUAAUAAAAGAGUUUUGAUAAAGUAACCGUGUAAAAAACAGGACGAUUAAACUAAACUUUUGUAUGCUAACGUCACAAUUUAAUUUAAAACGUAAUUUUUGUUAAGAAAUUAAUUAAUACAAAUGUCCAAACUGGCGCAAAGAUGCUUUUUUAAGAGACUGUUAUCAUAAAUAUUAUGUAAGGUAUAUAUUACACCAAAAAAAAAUCAUGAUGAGCUUGGGUUUAAUGCUCCUGGGGACUCGACUCAAAUAUGCAGGUGACUGAAAACCUUUUUUUUUCUUCUUUGUAAUUAUCGAUUACCGAGGGGUUACAAAAAGUAUUGUUACAUUCAUAGUGAGAAUAUAUUUACGUAUUAUUAUUAAAAUUAACAUAAAAAGUAAUUCUUACAUUUUAUUAAGAGCUUGCCGAUAAAGUUUGUUUUAUUAAACAUUGUUAAAGCCAAAUAUUAACAUUUUUUUUAAAUGUUCUUAAAGCUAAGAUGAUUUCUUCGUUUGUUAAAAUUUGUCUUUAAAAAUGAAAAUUGCAAAAAAAAAUUUAACAGGAAAAUACCUAAAUCCGUCUAUAUUGUUAUAUAUAAAAAAAACCAAAUAGUAAUUAACAAAAAGGGUUACAAUUGUAUAAUAUAGCCUUCUUAUUUAGGGAAUAAUAGCAGAGUAUCUUAUUUAUUAAUAAUGAUUCACUUAACAACAAUAUACCAGCGUGAUUUAUUUAUUAUUCGAAAUAAUAUUAUUUUAUUAAAAAGUAAAAUUUAAAAGCAAUAUCGUUUGCUCAAUCUUAUUUUACAUUUGAAAAAACAAAAGACUUUUAUUUAUGUUAAAGGAAUACAAUAAUAAGAUAUUCUGUAUAAAACUCACUUUAAAUUUUUUUAUGUCAAUUUUGUUGUUAGAAUUAAUGUUGGUUCAAUGUCGGAUAUUACAUUGUAUAAUUACUUUAUAAAAUGGCUGUGCACCAUAUUUGCAAUUAGGAUAUUGUUUUAUAUUUAUUUAAUCGCUCGUUUUGUUAAAAGCAUCAUAUCAUAAUUUAUUACAUAUCGUGUAGAUUAGAAAUUCAUCAAUUUGUUUAAUUUAACAUAAAAUUUACAGUUUUUUGCCAAAUAAAUUAAUAUGUUUAAGCGAAAAUUUUAAAAAACGUAUUGUACAGAAUGUUAUUGAACAAAGUUGUUAAUUAUUAUGCGCUUGAAAUACGAGGAAAUAAAUAAUUAAACUACCUAAAUAAAUUCGAUUUAUUGUUAUCAGUGAGUUCAGGUUUACAAAUGUUCCUAAAGUAUAUUAUGUAAAAUAUCAAGACGUGCAUUGUUAAAAGUAAAAAUUGUUUACAUUAUUUAAGUCAUGUAUGUACAUUAACGGCUUAAGAUGUUAAGUGAAAAUAAUAUUGUGAAUAUCAGCAAUAUGUUAAAAACACAUGAAAUUAACAUUAUACAUCCGACAUUGGACCAAUACUAAUUUAAGUUUGCGCAAAAAUAAACCCAAAGAAACAUUGAAAGCUUUAUAUCCCAGACUUAAACUUUGAUAAAGUUGACUAUUAAGCGCUUGUUACAUAAUAUUAAUAAAAAUAAAAUAUUAAUUCGAGUACAUUUUAUAAGCACAAAAUAUAAUAUGUUUAUACACAUUUUAUCAUAUUUUUAAUAAAUACUAUAUAAUUUUGAAAAAAGCCCAAAUAAAGUCGACGAGUUGUCUCUUUAACGCGAGACACUUUCAGUUAUUGA